AUAUUUGUGCAGAGUUUUAAGCCUGUAGGCCAAUUAGUUUGAGCUGUAGUGUGAUUUUACAUGAAAAUUUUCAAAAAAUGCCCUCUCCUGGACCCCUCUUCAAGAUCUAUGCUGUAUAGUGUAUAGAUUAUUGGCAAUACAUCUCCAUAUUUAUUGAAAUUCUUCGAUGUAAUUCAAAUACGUACCGUACUCAUUAUCUCCAAUAAUUGUAAAUGUAGCCUAUUCAGUAUUCAUGCAAACAAAAGUACCGUACAUAGAUUUAUCAAUAUCGAUGCCUGGAUCUAGGCCUAUAUGUACUGUAUGGUCAGUUGGAUAAGUGUUGCAUCUCAGAAUUAGGCUUCAAUACGGUAUACUAUAUAGGCCUACUCACCUGUAAUCAGCAAUGAAAAUAAUAUUGAAGAUUCCUAUUUGGAAGAACUAGGCCUUUUGAAUUAUUGUUGGUCUUGGUCAAUACAAUAAUAAUAUAAUAGGGUCGCUAUACCAAGAAAACACCAUAUUUUCAACAAAAUUAUAGAGCAAUUUCUCAGUAUAAUGUUUCAAGCUUUUUGGAAAGUCACAACUGAAUGAAGAGAGAUGAAUUGAACUUCUUAACUUGUUGCAACUACGGUACUCCAAUCAUGCGUGAAGUAGUGAUUUUUGUCAGUAUUUACCGGUACAUGAAUUUCAAUUUAUUGACCCAAAACACUAACUUUGUCAACACUUCUAGUCAAUAACUUUAAACUCUCGAUGGAAACCCUACAUAAUGCAUCAUAUCCAUAAAGUGGAAGGGUUUUAUGAAAUAGAAGUAGGCUACUGUGAAUUCACUGUACAACAGCAGCUAUCUUUGGUGAUGAAGAUUUUUGGCGUUUUAAAAAAAGUUGCAAUUGAGUUUUGCUCGGCAACAUCUUUACAUGGAAUGCAAUAUACUGUUGAGCCUCGGAGAGCACUCAUUGAAAGAUUAUUCUGGAAAUUGGCUGUAGUUGCAGCAUUAGUCGGUUCAUUAUUGAGUUUUCUUGCAAUAUACAAUACGAAGUAUUCUCAAGUUAUCACCUCGCUUGUGACUACCAGCUAUACUAACUUCCAAUAUGAACAGCUAACCUUGACUAUCUGCAACAACAAGAAAGCAUCAAAAUCCUCUGUUGAUCGUUUCUUCAAGAUGAUGCCUUUUGAUGAUGAAGAGGAGAAAUCUGAAUUGGAACAAUCGCUUCCAACAUUCAUAAAUCAUUUAUACUUCAAUAGUGUAAAGACGAGAAAGAGGUUGUCCGGCUCCGACAUACACGUGGUAAUGAAAUGGACUGAUUACCUUCAAAAACAUGAUUGGUCAAUGAGCAGAUUCCUGCUUUUUCUCAGUCAUAAUUGUUCGGAGAUGAUAGUCGGGUGCAAAGUAGGUAGAAAAGAGGUCGACUGCUCAGAUAUUUCCAGAACGUCGAGGACUGGUGUUGGCUUCUGCUGUUCUGUUGAUUAUAAUAUACAGACUAAAGAUACUUUAUUACUGAAGCAUAUUCCUCAAAACACUCAAGAUACCAACAAAUUAGCAUCAGAAAAAUAUAAAUUAUUACUUGAUGACUUCUCUCUAAUACUGAACCUUUCAUCACAAGAUUCCAUAUACCAUAUAUUUUAUGCAGACAGUGCAACCAUUUUUCUACAUACUCCAAUGGAAUAUCCUUGCCUUCACACUGUAAGAGGAUACUUAUCAGGUGGAGCAGAAACAUAUUUCUCAUUCAAAUCGACUGCUAUGUUGGACUCACCUGGACUUGGGGAUGUGGACCCACUUAUAAGACAGUGUUACAUGGAAGAUGAGAUACAAUUGAAAUAUUUCGAUCAUUAUUCAUUGACUAAUUGUAUUAUGGAGUAUUAUAUGGAAUUUUUGAUUACUAAAUGCAACUGUGUGAUGCCUAAUGUACCUUAUGAAGGGAUCUACAAAGAAUGCACUAUCUUCAAUUACCUCUGUGUCGAUCUCCAUAUGUGUAAGUUUCAAAGUUCAUGUCAUCAUUUCUUUCCUCAACAUAUACCGUAGACCAGAUAUUUUUUAUAGAAUCUAUCUGGUCUAAGACCGUAACCAUUUGAUCUGAACUAUCAGUUUAGAUACUAGUUUCAUUUUAUAGUUACUAAUCAAUUUAUCCUUGGAAUUUUCAUACUUACAUGCCUUAGAAAUCUAUGCGCUUCUCUAUUCGUUCAUUAUAAUUCAGUGUUAAUAUCGGGGACUGAGCUUCGCUCUGGAGUACAAAAGCAUACAAAAUUGAUUACGAAAGAAGAAAUUAUAAUAAUAUUCAUAGUUCAUACAGAAAUGUUCUA